CUCUGCCCCGUCGUCCUGACUUUCCCUCCCUCCUUCCCUCAGAGGAUGUCCGGCUUCCAGAUCAACCUCAACCCGCUCAAGGAGCUGCUCGGCUUCAUCAAGGUCCUCGAGUGGCUUGCUUCUAUCUUUGCUUUUGCUACCUGUGGAGGUUUUAAGGGCCAAACAGAAAUUCAGGCGAGUUGUCCUCCCAAACUUACUGAAAAUAAAACUACUACAGCUGUUUUUUGUUAUCCAUUCAGGUUGAAUGAGGCAUCAUUUCAGCCACCUCCAGGUGUAAAUGUAUGUGACGUAAAUUGGAAAAGUUUUGUCCUCAUAGGUGAUUACUCUUCUUCUGCACAAUUCUAUGUUACCUUUGCUGUCUUUGUGUUCCUGUACUGCAUUGCUGCCCUUCUGCUUUAUGUUGGCUACAUGAACCUAUAUCUGGAUAGUUGUAAACUUCCUAUGAUUGACUUUGUUGUUACUCUUGUUGCCACUUUUUUGUGGUUGGUGAGCACUUCAGCCUGGGCUAAAGCUCUGACAGAUAUUAAAAUAGCUACUGGUCACAAUAUUGUUCAGGAAAUUUUGCCUGGUCAGAAUAAAGAAGCCCUAUGUUACUUUAGCUCUGUGACCAGUAUGGGAUCUCUAAAUGUAUCUGUGAUAUUUGGCUUUCUGAGUAUGACACUUUGGGGAGGAAAUGCUUGGUUUGUGUAUAAGGAGACCAGCCUACACAGUCCAUCAAAUACGUUUGCCCCACAUAGCCAAGGAGGUAUUUCACCUCCUGCUGGAAUAUAAUUAAAGGCAGAAAUACACUGUAUGAAAUAUAUGUUGAUACUAUGACAUGUUGCCAACAUCUGGAGAAGCAUUAUUUGUUUCUAAUAAAAGUAAUGGCUUUGUUAAUAUAUUGGUGGGUUUAAAAUUUUGCUGCUUUUUUACAUAAAGUCUGUGCCUUUCCUAGAAAUUUAAGAUG